UUCCACUUUAUUUUUUACGCUUUCUCUAAGUGGUUUUCUGCUCAGACAAGGAAAAAACCGGCCAGCGGGUUUUCACGACACCUGGAAGGCGAAAACUGGCUCUCUCCGUUUCGCGAGAAAUCGUUUUCUCAGGAAACAAACAGUUGGCUUUCUCUUUUAUUCUUUGCAAGAGAACUGUGAUUUUUGUUUUCUUGAGGUCUUAGUCUUGUCCGAGUAAAAAUUGAGAGGAACUUCUGAACUACUGCUUGAGCUCAGAAAAUGUGUAAAGGCUUGUGACUUAAUAGUUUCAGUUAGAGAUUUAAAAGUGCUUAUCGGAGCUUGAGAGUUGCUUUUACAGAUGCUGGAAUGAGGAUCUAGAUUUAGCAAAAUUUGUUGGUUAGUUAUAGUGACCUUGAAUAUUUUGUGGACUUGUGCAUGGAAACGAGAGAAGGAUUAACUUCAGGGGUUACAGUGAUAGGAGCUGAAGCUCCAUCAACUUAUCAUGUGGCGCCAAGGACUGAAAAUCUUAGCCAGAUGACCGUUUCACCAGCAGUGGCUGUGUCACCAGUCAGUGUGGGACUGACUGGAACAACAGAAAAGAAGAAGAGAGGUAGGCCUAGGAAAUAUGGACCAGAUGGGACGGUAGCUAGGGCAUUGUCGCCAAUGCCCAUUUCUUCUUCAGCUCCAUCUGGUGGAGACUUCUCUGCUGGAAAGCCCUGUAAAAUGUGGCCCGGUAGUUUUGAGAAAAAGAAGUACAAGAAAAUGGGAUUGGAAAAUUCAGGCGAUUGGGCUUCUACUUCAGUUGGUACAAAUUUUACUCCACAUGUUAUCACUGUCAAUGCUGGAGAGGAUGUUACUAUGAAGGUUAUAUCCUUUUCGCAACAAGGACCUCGAGCUAUUUGCAUUCUUUCUGCUAAUGGGGUAAUUUCAAAUGUUACUCUUCGCCAACCAGAUUCUUCUGGGGGUACUUUGACAUAUGAGGGCCGCUUUGAAAUACUGUCGUUGUCUGGAUCUUUUAUGCCUACUGAGAGUCAAGGAACAAGAAGCAGAUCAGGUGGGAUGAGUGUCUCUUUGGCAAGCCCUGAUGGUCGUGUUGUAGGAGGAGGUGUUGCUGGACUUCUAAUAGCUGCUAGUCCUGUGCAGGUUGUUGUAGGCAGUUUCCUACCUGGCAACCAGCAAGACCUGAAACCUAAGAAGCCAAAGAUUGAUGCAGUAACUGCCCCGAUUACACCUACCCCAACUAUAGCUGCUGCUCCUGUACCUGUAUCUAAUCCAGAAAAAGAGGAGAGUGUAGGUGGAAACGGGCAGCAAAUUUCCUCAUCCUUACGGAGAGAAAACUGGACUACUAUGCAAUCGGUGCAGGACUUGAGAAAAUCAGGAACUGAUAUCAAUGUAUCUCUGGCAGAAGCUUAAUUUCAUAUGCCUAUGCCUCUGAUGAUCUCAUAGUCUCCAAAUGAUUGAUCCUGGUAUUCCACACAGUUUUAUGUUGCUCAUUUUAUCUUAAUAUUAUCUGUAAGCUUAUUGAAUCAUUGCUUUAGUUUGAAGUAGGCUGGACAGGAGAUCUGAUUGUUAGGCUAAUUAAAGUAGGCUUCUUUUUUAGAUUGUCAUGGGUAGAGUAUUUGAAAGUGAACAAUGGUGGUUUGCCUUUUAAUAGCUGCAUUUGUCGGUGACAAUUCUCUCAAAA